AGUGAGACUCGCUGUGCGAAGCGGAUGCGAGAUGCGGGAUACCCCCAGUGAAUUUUUUUGUGAAUCAGAAUGAGCUGCGUGGUGGCUGUUCCCAUGUACCAACCGCCGUAUCACCCUCACCAUCAUCACCCGUUUUCCCCUUAUUUCCCUUACGGGAGGUCCCCUGCGGGAAUCCAGCAGCAGCCGAACAACAAUAAUGACUCUCCCGGCGACGCCUCGCCUGCCAAACCGCAUCCUGAAGCUUCACAUGUUCGCCAACUAGAUCCACCUGUGGACUACGAGGCACCAGGUGGACCUCGGUUCACCUAUUUUAAACUCCUACAAUAUCUAAAAGAAAAAUACGGAGACGAGAAGGUGCAGAGGAGUGGCUAUGGGAUCGGUGGGCUUAAAGCCGGGGAAGGAUCGGAAAUGACGUCACGGGGAGGGCUGGAUGUUAAGUCAGAGGAGGGAGAGGCCGGGGCGACGUCGCCGGUCGGCAAGUCUUCCUCUUCCGCUGCCACCGUCCAAGCGCAAUACGUCUCUGCGAACUGUGUCGUCUACAGCUAUUACUCCGGUGAUAUCAGUAGCAUCGUGGACGAGCAUUUCAGCAAGGCUCUCGGCUCGACCGGAACUUGCAGCACGUCGGGAGACAAGGAAACCGGAGGCAGCACCAAAGAUCUGGUGCCAAUGUCCCAACGAAACUUCCCGCCGUCGUUCUGGGACAGUCACUAUCAAGCGCCAGGAGGUCAAGGAAUGAUCUCGGGGAACCUGGGCCAUCCAGGACCAGAACAUCUUAACCCCUUCGCCGCUGCUGAACUCUAUUCCUCUGCUGCUGCUGCGGGGAUACAUCCUCACUUCCAAGCCGAUCCCUGGAACCUCUCUCUUUCCUCUCAGGCGUAUUCUCAUCGAACGGCAGAGUUGGCGUAUGCUGGGAUGAGUGCAGCAGGGGCAUCGCGUUUCAAUACCAAUUAUGGUGGGUUGUUCAUGCAGCCCGGUCACAGUGCAGCGGCAGCAGCAGCCGCCGCCGCCGCUGCAGCGAGAAUGGGGGGCGGGGGUGGAGCAGUUAGUGCAACUGGACAUCAGGCUGUUGGAGGUGGCACCAAGUCGGGAUCAGCGGACUAUCAUCCGGCAGCUGCAGCUGCAGCUGCUGCUGCUAGGAUUCACCAUCAUCACCAUCAUGGUGGAUUCCCCGAUACCAAUUUCGCCGCUGCUCACACCUUCGGAUCGCUCUCGGGUUAG